UAAGCUCACUCUUCCACCUACACAGACAAACUGACAGCUCAUCUCUCUCAUUCUCUCUCAUUCUCUCUCAGACUCUUCUUACCUUUCUUUUCUUUUCUCUCCAUCUCACUAUUACUGUUUAGUUUGCUUCCUGUAGAGGGAAAAACUUUCUUUCCUCCCCCUCUUUCUCUCUCUGUACUUUAAUAUUCCAUUGAUUCCUCUCUUUCCACAUUCCUCUGAUUCUUUCUCUCAUUUCCUUCUUCGGUCCGCAUAUAAUAUAUAUUUUUCGCCGGAAUUUUUCUCCGGCGAGCCAAUGCGGCGGAUUUUGCUGGAAAUCUCUUAUACCGCUGAAUUUGGUGGUCAUUAAUUUAUUAUUUUCUGUCUUCUUCCCCUGUGAAACGGAGGGAAGGUAAAGGAGAUUGGAAAUAAUGUCGUUAUACGACGCUGCAUUUGUGAACACAGAGCUAUCAAAGCCCACCUCAAUCUUUGGCCUCCGCCUGUGGGUGGUGAUUGGAAUCUUGCUUGGAUCUCUCAUAGUCCUCGCUCUCUUCCUCCUCUCGCUUUGCCUAACCUCUCGCCGUAAGAGUCGCCUCACGUCAAAGCAUGCUGAUACUACCCCUCCCAUCUCCAAGGAAAUACAGGAAAUCGUGCAUUUCCCUGCACAGGAUCAUCACCACCCUGUUCAAGUCCCAGAGAUUCAAGUCGAGAUCGGUAAGAUCGAGCAUCGUGUGGUGUUUUCAGACCGGCCCUCGAGUGGGGAGAGUAGAGGGACUGCGAGUGGGUGUGAGACGGCGUCUUUUGGAAGUGGGAGUGUGGGGCCUGAGGUCUCGCAUCUCGGGUGGGGCCGCUGGUAUACAUUGCGGGAGCUGGAAGCUGCAACGGAUGGGCUUUGUGAAGAGAAUGUGAUUGGUGAAGGUGGAUACGGGAUUGUGUACCGUGGAGUUCUGAGUGAUGGCACUAAAGUUGCUGUUAAGAACUUGUUGAAUAACAGGGGUCAAGCUGAGAAGGAAUUCAAAGUGGAGGUGGAAGUAAUUGGACGAGUACGGCACAAGAAUCUUGUUAGGUUGCUUGGAUACUGUGUUGAGGGUGCAUAUAGGAUGCUCGUCUACGAGUAUGUUGACAAUGGUAAUCUGGACCAAUGGCUUCAUGGUGAUGUCGGACAAGUCAGCCCCCUAACGUGGGAUAUUCGUAUGAACAUUAUAUUGGGAACAGCAAAGGGACUGGCCUACCUUCAUGAGGGUCUUGAACCAAAGGUUGUCCACCGUGAUGUAAAAUCCAGCAACAUACUUCUUGAUCGCCAGUGGAAUGCUAAGGUUUCUGAUUUUGGGCUUGCUAAGCUCUUAUGCUCAGAGAGGAGUUAUGUAACAACACGGGUGAUGGGAACAUUUGGUUAUGUUGCACCAGAAUAUGCUUGCACUGGAAUGCUGAAUGAGAAGAGUGAUGUAUAUAGCUUUGGCAUACUUAUAAUGGAGUUAAUUUCUGGGAGAAGCCCCGUUGAUUAUAGUCGACCACAAGGAGAGGUGAAUUUGGUGGAUUGGUUAAAAGCCAUGGUUGGAAACCGAAAAUCUGAAGAAAUAGUUGAUCCAAAGUUGCCUGAGAUGCCUGCUUCCAAAGCUCUAAAACGUGUUCUCCUGGUUGCUCUUCGAUGUGUUGAUCCUGAUGCAACAAAGAGGCCCAAAAUGGGGCAUGUGAUCCACAUGCUUGAGGCAGAUGAUUUAUUAUUUCGUGAUGAACGCCGAAUUGGGAAAGAAUCUUCCCAUUCACGCCGUUAUGAACAAGAAAAUCCUGCUGUUGCCAAAUUAGGUGAUAAACAAUUGGGUGCAGGCACUUCAGAUGCGAGCGAAGGUGAUAGUAGUAGGAAUCUUUCUGAACAAAAUAGAUGGAGAUAACGUCACUGGAGGAUUAGGUGAUUAACUAAUUUAAGUCUCUCCAUGAUACUGGACUCCCUCUUUUUCUUCCCUCCUAUUUUUUCCCCCCUUUUUAUUGUUUUCCUCUUGUGGGUAUUUACUGUGUUUGUUGUACCUUCAAUUUGAUAAAAACAAUAAUUCUGCAUUUGUUCUGUGCUUAGCUUUUAUAUGUUUGAGAUGCGAGUCUUACUUCAAUUCGAUAUAAUUGUAUACUUGAACGAAUUCAUUCAUUAUUCUUAUAGAAACCAUAAUUAUUA